AUGGGAACUGCUGUACAUGAGUUUUACUUCGAGGGUGAUAAUUGGGACUACGUGCUCCAAAAGCGACGUGGGAAUGUGGAGGAAGCUUUGGCGGCCGAGACAGCACGCGCCCUGCAGUGCGAGCGCGGGGAUGUGAGCGACGUGGUGUUGGAUGCCAAGGCCGACACGCUCGUUGCGUUCGUAACGGUGCGGCACCUAGACACGCUAGGCGAAGAUCAGAUCGGGGAUGCGCUGGCAGCGCAUGCGUACAAGGAGCUGUGGGAUCUGUACGAGCCCCGGUCCCUUGUUGGUGGGCGCAUGUCAACCACGACAUUAACUCCUAGGUGUGAGGGUUUUGUGCGCGGUCGCGUGGUAAAGAAGCGAUGUGCUAGUGGGGCGGAAGCUUUGACGCCCGAUGCUGCACGCGGUGCGCAGAGUGGGGUUGCGGACAGAAGUUAUGUUGUGUCCGAUGGUACGCCUGAUAGUCGCGUGGCUUUCGUAACGGUUGAACAUUCAGAUAUGAGUGUCAAUGUCUCUGUCGAGCGGCAACCGGCUGAGGGCGAGAUGGGAGAGUUGUGGGACCAUACAUGGUUCCGUCAUGUACUAGUUGUUCGGGGUCGUGGGCGCUCGGAUGAAGCGUGGCGGCGAGAUCGACUCCUCCGGAGGAGGGUUUGA